GUUGACCGCGCAAGAAGACACAACCAUGGUGCUCCCGGUGAUCAUUGCAGGCGGCGCUAUCGGCGGCAGCGUCGCAGCGUACGCUACCUACCACACGGGCGAGUUUGUCGCGACGACGGUCGUGGGCGCCAAAGCGUCGCCGCCGAUGACGGGCCUCGGUGUGCUUGGCGGCGCGGUCGCGUCCGUCGCCACGUACAACGCGACGGCCCGCGCCCUCGCUUCGAAUGCCACGUAUGCGAAAUGGACGACGUUCUCUGCGCCGGCCAACGUCAACGACUGGAACUUCAAGGACUUUGCGCGGACGUCGGGGCCGUACGCCGCGUCUCGAUUUGGUCUUGUGCUCGUGUCGGUCGCCGCGUUUGGCUUUACGCGCGUCGUGAUCGACGCCGCCCGCGACGCCACCAAGUAGAAGCGACUUGGUGUAAAUAGAAGAUGCAUUUGUAGGAAUAUAGGGUCUUGCUCCGUGCAUGAUAAACCACAAAUGGCUACGACAAUGACCCGGCCACCAGCGUGCGUCCCUCAUCAGUGCGUUAUCUCCGUUGCGGAGGCCAACGCAGUCCCCUUGACGACAGCCAUGACAAGAAGGACGCCGGUCCUCGCACGCGUUCCUUUGUUUUCCAUCAUCAGUUGAGCCCCGCAUGAUCUUGAUGAACUGGGGAUUUUUCGACGCCCGAAUCGCUCGUCCUCAUGCUGGUUUCCUCAGCGAGAUGGUUGUUGAAGUGGGUCGACUAUUAAAAUCGAUACGUAAAUCUACUCUAAAUAUAAUUGUCGGC